AUGGUGAGCGAAUUCAGAGAGAGCAGCGCGGAUAAAUCAUCCGAAAAACCCGGAAAAGAGCAGGUAGAAGAGCAUGUUUCAGAGUUGGCGCGCGAUGCGGAAGCGCAUUCAGACAAAGACUCCGAAAGCGACCUCUCUAUGGACGAGGAUUUGACUGACACAGAAAAUAACGAAGAUGGCGCCGAUAAGAAAAAAGGAGAAAAACAUGAAAAUGAAAGGGGGGCGCAGAACAAUGCAAUUGGCGAACAAAAUUAUGCUUCUUGGCAGGGGUACACCUCCGGAGCAGGACGGCCCGGCUUUGGAAGGGGCAACCCGCAGAUGCAGAAAACUCCUAUGUAUGCGCCGCCAACAAGGACCGCCCGGCCGUUCAAAAGCCCGAUCACCUUGCAGACGUUUUCUACGCUAGUGAUGCUUACUUUUUUCGGGCUCAGUAUAUACAUUCUAUUGACCACAGCCUUUAAAGGGAGCGACUCCGGGGCAAGCGAGGCAUACUUGAAAAAACAUAUAAAGGACCUGCAGGGGAAGUACGGGAAGGUGUCUCCAAACGACUGCAAGCAGGGCGUGUAUUUUGGGCUGGACAACGAGUUCAACGGAUAUGCCCGAGUGGUGCUGCCGUGGGUUUUUAGAGAGGCGCUGGGCACCAGCUUGGACGACGAUGAAGCUGAUAACCUGGGCCCGAAGAACGGCAACUGCUUGGAAAAGAACUUGCUGGUCUAUGGAAUGCCGGGAACAGGAAAGUCGUUUUUUGCCCGUAAGAUAUUUCUGCACUUGGCUCUGAACAUACAGGGAGAAAAGCUGAAGAAAAAGUACGGGCUUAGAGAAAUUUUCAUAAACAUGGAGGACGGGAUGCGCGAUAUUGUGAAGGAGUUGUACGAGUGCAACGACGCAAUCGAAAUGUAUCACAUAAACUCGGGAAUGUUUUUGACCUCGCUGGUGGGAGACUCUGAGAAGUCUCUGCGCACGUUUAUGCAGUUCAUAGACUGGAGGCAGAAGACCAUUCCGGUGCUUAUAUUCAUGGACGAGGCAGAUGUGCUGCUGGGAAACAGAAGGCAGGCGCGGAGCGGAGGCGAGGAGGUUUCCACAAACCUGAAGAAUAGCUGGCUGACCUGGAUGGACGGGAUCGACACAGACGAAAACAAGAAGGUGUUUAUAAUAGCAGCAACAAACUUCUUUAACAGAAUAGACCAGGGUGUUAAAAGAAGAUUUGGGUCCCAGCUGGGUAUUUCAACGCUUUCGACUAGAGAAAGAAAAGAAAUAAUCCAAAAAACGCUAGUGGCAAGCUCGACGAUAUGCGUUUCAAAAGAAGAGAUGGCGAACAUCAUAGAAAAGACCAAGGGCUUCUCUGCUUUUGUGCUUACGAACAUAAUCCACGAGAUGGCCAACAUCAAAAACGCCAAGAAGCGGCCUGUUGACUACAAAACAGUGAUGAAUGCCAUAAACAGGAACCGUGCUAGCGUGGACACAGAAGAGGCUGAAAGAAAAGAGGCGGAGGCGAUUUCCAAAAAGCACUCGCUUCCAAACGACGGGAGCAUGUCGUCUCCAACAAGCACUACUUCAACCCUGUCCUAUGAUUCACAAAAGCACUCAAUUCCCAUCACGAAGGAAAAGAUGACGAAGAUAGAAGACUGCAUGCACAUGAUGACAGACAAGGCCAUAAAAGAAAAGAACGCCCUAAAGAAUAUCUUGUCGCAUCUUGAAAACAGGCGCAGGGCAAACAUGGGCGACGACGAAGAGGAAUUCGACACUGACGCAGAGGGCUUGAAUGGCAGAAAUAAGCCUGAAUGCGAAGACUCAGAGGAUGAGCUGGAGGCGGAAAAGCUGAGAAGAGAAGAGGAAGAGAACGAAAAAGAAAAUAGAGGAAGCGCACAGAAUCCAGAGGAUGGCUGGCUUGGUAGGAAACUCGCCAAUAUUGUUGCGCAGAUUACUGGCUAA